CACAUACUGUAUACUGGGAACCAUUUUGCAACAACAUGGCGUCGGCAAGAAGUUUACACGCAGGGCUACUCUCGAACGAAACACCGAACCUUCGACCAACAAACUAUAUGGGCAAGGGUAGAGGCAGGGGAAGUCGCAGCAAGAACACCAGCAAUCCAUCGGCCCCACCUGGUCUGGUAAAGAAAACUGACAAAGAGGAAAACGCCAAAAAUUCGCCUGAUGAGGUUGAGGGAAAUGACGCGGCUCCAAAAGCGCAGGAAAACAAGCUAGGCCUACUUGAUCUUCUGCAAACGAUGUGCCAUCAACAUCCCAAUCAGAGAAUCAUUGAACUGUCACCGGAGGAUGAAAGCGCAAUCGUGGAGAAAGCUCUUGAGAGCAUUUCAACCGGAGAAGAGCUGCGCAACCUUGUCUUAGACAUUUACAACUGGACGUUGCAAGAUCCUGCAACAACAUCGUGCGUGGCAAGCCUGUGUGCAACCCUUGCCAAAUUUGAGAAAGAUGAGGUCAAUUUCCGCUCCACCCUGCUGAAACCCCUCCAGGAAGACUUUCAGUCUAGAGAUCAGUGGAGGAAAGAAAAGCAAACAAGAUGGCUGUCCUUCGUCUGCUUUCUGUGUGAUUUGUAUGCCUUGAUGAAGACAGCAGCCGACGGAUACUUGCAUAUCCUGGUGGAGCCUGUGUACUCUUGUUUGGAUCAGCUGCUUACAGAUAAUGAGGCUUCGGACAUUCAGAUUGAAUAUGCAACCCUCAAGCUGAAGCAACUCGGCAAGAUCCUGCAGAGUAACCAGCCUUCUCAGAUGGAACUCUUAAUGGAUAACCUGAGAACCAGACUACUCGGUCCAGGCACCACCGCCAUUGGUCGCCUGCUGCUUUUGGAGUCCAUCGAGUUGUAUGCGAGUGGCUGGCAGUUUGACGACGAAGCCGCAAAGGCCUACGACGAACUUAAACAAAUGACUUCAGAGAAAGCGUGAAUUCAGCGAGGGCAGCCUCCGGAAUUUAAUGUCCCUCGAGGGCGCCCUCAAGACUGACGAAGUUUACCACCAUUGGAUGUAUUUUGUAUAGCAUGUGAUUUUCACGAGUGGAUCUGUGAGCCAGAAAUGCUCUGUGACUCCUUAGCAUUUCCGUCGCUGGUUUUUGUGAGAAGGGAUUAGUGAAGCACCCUGGAAUAGGGUAGUCGGGACGACCGAACUGACGGAAGCAAUAAAUGGAAUACAUGAUGCUGCAUAGUCACAGCCGAAACUCUUAUCUAGAGCCAUUGUCUAGGCCUUCACCUAGGAACAGGCCGUUUCGGACACAGGCCUUAUACAGGGGAUGCUUGAAUAUUCGGACAAGGGAACUGCAACAUAAGAUGUAGGAUUUUUGGACCUAAUGUCUUGCAAUGAAGAAUUAUCUGAUGGAAUCUAUUUAAUGCUGAUCUGUGAGUGAGUGAAAGAAUGUGAAUGUCUAGGCAUAUAAAAGGAACUUGAACAGGCUAGAGUUAGAAAGGGACGCUGAUGUGUCACUGAUGUCUUGAAGUUAAAGGCACUAAACUUCUCAACAUCAUCUUGCAACAAGGCUGCAUACUAAAUCUACCAAAUGGGCCCAGACCCAAUCCCCGGAGCUGCAAAGCAGAGAACAUUCUGCGUAGCAAAUUGAGUGCAGAAUGAAAAGCAAUAUAUUGGCAAUAUUUUGUGCCAAGGAGAAAAUAUUUCUUAACAAAAUCAGUGAUCUGCAAAAACGUUCCUUACAGGAAAUGUACACAUCCUAUGCAAGUUUCAGCUUGUCACCUGUUUUGCUAAGUAAAUAUUUUCUGUGCUAAUAGGGCAGAAUUUCUGAGCUGUUCCACGACAUUGGCCUCUGGUAUUUGUUUGAAUGCUUAAAUAUGUGUACAUACAUGUACAGACAACUACAUGUAGUAGCAGACAUAGAUACAUGUACAGUCGACUCUCGUUAGCACAAACUCUGUUAAUACAAAAUUCUGGUUAUAACAAACAUAAAGCCUUGG